AUGUCAGCGUUGCGGAAAAAAUUUGGGGAUGAUUAUCAAGUGGUGACCACUUCGUCCAGCGGCGGCGGGUUCAACCAGGCGGCCCCCGAGAAGAAAAAGAAACGGCAGCGCUUUGUGGACAAGAACGGCCGCUGUAACGUCCAGCACGGGAACCUGGGAGGAGAGACCAGCCGGUACCUGUCGGACCUGUUCACCACGCUCGUGGACCUCAAAUGGCGCUGGAAUCUAUUCAUCUUCAUCCUUACCUACACGGUGGCGUGGCUCUUCAUGGCUUCCAUGUGGUGGGUCAUUGCCUUUAUACGUGGAGACCUUAACCAGGCCCACGAUGACAAGUACACACCGUGCGUGGCCAACGUGCAUAACUUCCCCUCCGCUUUUCUGUUCUUCAUCGAAACUGAGGCCACUAUCGGAUACGGUUACCGCUACAUUACUGACAAGUGUCCGGAAGGCAUCAUUCUCUUCCUCUUCCAAUCCAUCCUAGGCUCUAUAGUGGACGCUUUUCUGAUCGGGUGCAUGUUCAUUAAGAUGUCCCAGCCGAAGAAACGCGCAGAGACGCUGAUGUUCAGCGAGCACGCGGCUAUUUCCAUGCGUGACGGCAAACUGACCCUGAUGUUCCGAGUGGGGAACCUGCGGAACAGCCAUAUGGUCUCCGCGCAAAUACGCUGCAAACUACUUAAAUCCCGGCAGACUCCUGAAGGCGAGUUUCUGCCUCUGGAUCAACUGGAGCUGGACGUUGGUUUCAGCACCGGAGCUGACCAGCUUUUCUUGGUGUCCCCUCUGACGAUCUGCCAUGUGAUCGACUCCAAGAGCCCAUUCUAUGACCUCUCGCUCAGGUCCAUGCAAACAGAGCAAUUUGAGAUUGUGGUUAUCUUAGAGGGGAUCGUGGAGACCACCGGUAUGACAUGCCAGGCUCGUACUUCGUACACAGAGGAUGAGGUUCUGUGGGGUCACCGAUUCUUCCCGGUAAUUUCUCUGGAGGAGGGUUUCUUCAAGGUUGACUAUUCGCAGUUUCAUGGCACUUUUGAAGUUCCCACACCUCCACACAGUGUUAAAGAACAAGAGGAGAGUUUGCUCCUGUCAUCGCCUCUGACAGCGCCCUCUCUGUGCCAAAGCGCAGGUGGGGUGACGGAGGGCAGUGGCACUCUUGAAGGUCUGGAACUUCAGAGCGAUGCAGAAACUGGCUCCAUCAAUAUAGCAACCCCCAUGCCAACUACCAAACUGCCUGCCAAGCUUCAGAAGCUUACGGGACGGGAGGCCCCCAUCCGGGACGGAAUGCCCCGCAAGCUUCUGCGCAUGAGUUCAGAGAUCACCUAUAACCUGGGUGACCUGCCUGUCAAACUCCAGCGAAUCAGCUCAGCUCCGGGCGUGGCAGAAGAGAGGCUUCAGCCAAUCAGUGCUAUGCUUAGCCCCAAUGAGGACAGACUGGCUCCCAAGCUGGGCUUGGUGGGCGGGGCUGAACCUAUCAGCCAAUCAGUGACAGAUCUGCCACCUAAACUGCAAAGGUUGGCUGGAGGGGUCGGGGUGGGUGGAGUCGGAAUCGGAGGACGAAUGGAUGGUCAUCUGCCUCCCAAACUGAGAAAAAUUAAUUCAGAGAGGUUUACAGGCUUGAGUUUUAAAUGAACUGAUUUCUAUAUGCAUACACAUUUUGCCCAUUUACCUCCUCUGAAAUUGAAAUUGAGUUAAAAGGACAAUCUAUACUUACAGCAAUUUAUAUAUGGAUAAAAUAUUAGAUAAAUGCUAAUCCUCUGCACAAUCUGGCAUGUUUUUACCACUAACAGCAUGAAAGGAGAUAUCAUUUUCAACGUCUAAUUGCAGAUAAUACCACAGUACUCAACACUAUUUAACAACUAUUCAGUAUAUCUCUUUUAUAUUAGCCUAUUAGCCAAACUUGUUUUGAGGGCUUGCCCAUAUUAUGUAUAUCUUAAAACAGAAUAUCAAUAUAAUUAUCAUAAUGCUAUGUCAGUUUUCACUGAUAAUCCAUGGUAACUGCUGUUUCUAAAGAAGCCAAUGGCUAUAACCUGAGUUAGCCAUUUGUUUUUGUUUUUUUGUAUCAUCAGUGGAUUGGUUAUUGUGGUUCACAAUAACACAUUGAGAGAUUAGCUUCUGUGGUCUUAAGACCUAAAAAAAU